CAAUGCUCGGCGUUAACGCGAUCGGGCUAUAUAUACGGCGCGCCCCCGGCCAGCAGCAUCAGCACUCAACCCUCUCCUCUCAGCCCGACAGGACAACAGUCCCACCAACAGACUCGCCAUGAUCUCCAAGCUGGUGGUCCUCGCGGCGGCGGUGGCGGUGGUCGCCUCCCAGGCGGCGCAGUACCCGGCGGGCGUCAGCCCGCACCUGUGCCCCAACUACCCGCACUGCGACAACGCGCUGCUCGCGCUGCACGCCCAGGGCGCCGCCAACGCCCCCGUGCACGCGGCCGCGUACGCACCCGCGCCCAACUACAACAACUACAACCCGGCGCCCAACUACAACAACUACAACCCCGCCCCCGCCUACAACCCUUACAACGCCGCGCCCGCCGGCGUGCCCGCCGCGGCCCAGUACCCGGCCGGAGUGUCGCCCGCCUCCUGCCCCAACUACCCCUACUGCUCCGGACACAUCGGCGCCCCCGGCCCCGUCGCCGCGCCGCCGCUGCCCGGCUUCUCCUCCAGGCAGUACCCCGACGGCAUCUCCCCGUCCACCUGCCCCAACUACCCUUACUGCCACUAGAGCCGUACCCGCCCUUCCCUGGGCCGGCGUGCCCCUUCCCCUCUCCC